UCACGACAUUCGCUCCUCGUUCGUUUGCCGUGGCGCAUCACCAGCAAAAACGUUCGCUCGUUUAUUCAUAUACUACAUAUUCGUUUAUUUCAGUUAGUUCGCUUAUUAUUUUCCACUUGCUCUUGAUAUAUAUACAAUAUAAUUUGCUGACGUUUGGAAAUACCGAAUUCGAGAUCUCGUCCGUAGAACUCCAAAUAUAAAUAAAGUGAAAUACAUAAAUGUUUUUUAAGUUUUGGUCGCUUGCAAAAUACUCGCUCGUACAACUACACAUAACAAAUAAUUCACCUUAAAGUGAUGGCUGUAGAAAGAAAUUACAACGCAUAGAUAUCAGAAAAAAUAUAUUAUAUACGCGUAACAGAAAAAAGAAACAUAUCAACAACAAUAAUAACAACAACCAUAACUGAUGUGCGUUUAAAAGUGUUUGCGCGCUCGGCUGUUGAUUUUUUUUUUUUUUUUGGUUGGCUUGAGUGUCGUCGGUAUGUGUAUGGAAAUGGAAAAUGAUACAAAUUGAUUUAAGAAGGCGAAAAGGCAAAAAAGCAAAGUGCAAAGUUUGCGAAAAACAAUAAUAAAGUAAAAUUGAAACAUAAAUAUAAGCACAAAAUGUGUGCAUGAAAUGGAAAUACCAAGUGUCUGUGUCUCUACAUCAGUGGCUAUUGACUCGCCGUUGCACAUCUGAUUGUGUUUUUUUUUUUGGUGUUUUUUAUUUUGCUUUUCUUUUCCGUUUUUAUUGUUGCGGCGAAAUGUUUAAGGUUGACAAAUGGUGUAUAAAAUAGCUUUAGCUCAAAGUGCAAUGUUGAAAAUUCAAUUCCAUUUGUAAAUUGAAAAAUAAAAAGAAAAUCAACAACAGCGACAACGCAACAAUUCGCUGUCAUCCUACGAUAGCAUAACAACAGAAGAAUAUUAAAUAUUCUUAACUCAAUUGCCAUCAACACAAAUACAUUUAAAUAACAAAACAAAACAAAAAAAAAAAUAACAGCAAAAAAUCACAAUAAUAAGAACUAAUAUAUAACCGUGUGCCUAACGAGCUCAGCAGAAGCUCGAGUCAUAGAGAAAACACCACGAUAAGCACAGAAGUGAUAGCAAGUGCAACAGUAGCAACGCUGGGAGCGAACAACAAACUGUCAAUUGUGGACGGGGUGGUGGACAAAGCUCUUGGAUCGAAACCACAAACGUAUAGUUUCACCAUUUGCAGCCGGAAGUUGGCUUUUUGUCCAAACGCCGAACAGCCAGCAGCAGCAAAUCAAUAUGGACGCUACUUCUGUUGAAUCUAUUAUUACAAUGCUGCCACUUGGCAGUGGCACACCAAACAAAACCAACAACAGCAAUAGCAGUAGCAGUAGUAGUAGCAUUAGUAGUGGCUAUGCGAGCGCCACCACCACCCCCACUAAUCCCGCCUCGGCUGGUAGCAGUAGCAGCAACAGCAGCAGCAGCAGUCACAGUCAAUAUUCGGAUUCACAUUCCAGCACACCGGUCGGCUUGGUCGAGCCCACACCAGCAGCUGCCACCAUUGCGACCGUAACGCCUUAUUAUAAUGAAACGUUUCAACAACAACAACUACACCACCACCAUCACCAGCAUCAGCAACAGCAGGCAAAUUUUCAGCAGCAGCAUCAAUCGCAGCAUUAUCCACCGAAGCAGCCGCAUUACCAAGAGCAGCCAACGCGUUCAUAUCAAUUAGGUGACGAACAGUUGGGAUCGCCUGCUCCAACGCAAUAUAACAGCAGCUACGACAGUGCGUACGCUUAUACGGCGGCAGCCGGGGAAAGUUAUCAGCAAGCCAGUGGAGUUGAACGUAAUUUAUUGGAAAUGCGACACACCACGGCGUAUUACACAACACCAGAAAAGCCGAGUAAGCAACACACUCAGCCGAUUUUACAUUCGCACAGUCACACUGCCAGCGGCAACAACAGCAGCAACAGUAGCAGCAACAAUAACAACAAAGCCUAUAAUAGUAACAGUAACGAAUUAAGCCUGAAUAAUUUAAAACGUAUUGGUGAACCACCAACAACAACAAAACCACAAGCGACCGCAACACCUUUCUACGCCCAAGCGCUGCAAGCGAGCGACUCUAACGCGUCUACGGAAGCGUACAAAUACAAAAUGUCCAUAAAAUUGCCAAACCACAGCAUCGAUUACGUUAAUUACAAUCAACAAUCGUUAGAUGCUGGCAACACAGUGAAUUACAGUCAAAAUUUUCCGCAACACCACGCGACAAAAACACUUUCGGAAGUCGCUUACAGCACCACGAGCCCAACAACACAAAUGAAACCCUUCAACACCGCACCAAAUAUACGGGGACCACAGCAGCGUUUGGGUUUACAUUACGGCAGUACGGCGCCACCAGUCGGCGUUACAAUCGGCAGUGCAACAAGCAAUAGUUUAAGUGCCAGUAAUAAUGGCAGCGCCGGCACUUACCUUGACAAAUACGAUAAAUAUCUGUACACCGCAGUGACCACAGCCGCGCAUUCGGCAUAUUACACAUCAACACAACCCGCCAAUAUAUCGGCAAUGCCGUAUAAUGCAGUCGCAUACGCCACAGCGCAACCUGCCACUGCACCAGCAGCCAUACCCGCAACACACCCACCACAGUACGCCGCCGAAAUGCCCAACGAUCCAUACCGUAAGGCAACGGCAUCAUCUUCGUCAUGGCACUGGAGCAUGGAGUAUGCUAAUGGUAAUUGCCGUACACUACCACCACCGCCGCCACCAGCACCAACCCAGGCCGUCAAUGGCAUACCAACCGCCACUAUACCGCCUACGAAUGCCAGUUAUGUACCCACAAAUGCCACAGUUGCCGCCAAUCGUGAUACUAUGUAUUAUACAGCUGAAAAAUACAACAACAAAUAUGAUAAGUACAAUUCUUAUUACAAUAGUCCCCACCACCUACAGCACCACCCACACCCCCACCAUCAGCACCAGCAACAACAGUAUAUGAGUGCAGCGGCGGCGGCGGCGAAUACAUCCGGUCGUGGUGUCUGGCCGAACUCGCCGCACAACUCAGCACACAUGGUACCCGCACUUAGUGAACGUCUGUCACAUCCAUACACACACCAUGCACCACUACCUCCAAGCGGCGUUUCAAGCGCACAUCCCAACCUAGCAUAUCACCACCACCCUUACCCGCCACAAUCUACGCCAGCAGCCGCUGCUCGCCAAAACUGUUGCACACAACCAUUUCAGCAGCAAAACUGUUACUAUACGCGCACGCCACAUCAUCCACACUUUCUGCCCAACACAUACAACCCUCACGUGCAAGCGUCGCCGUAUGGCAGCACGGGUUUAGUAGGCAGCGGCAGCAACAGCAGCAACGUUGGUUUGAAGUAUGGCCUACUCGAAUAUGGUCAUGCCGCCAAAUCCAAGGUCAACACAAACGAUGUUUACGCUACAACGCCGACAUAUGAGGCAAGCAACAUGAAUUAUCACACAUAUCCGGCGGGUGUUGCACACAAUCAGCAAUACUCCAAUGUUGUCACACCUGCCGCUGUGAUGGCACAUCAGCCGCUCAAUCACAACAUAACCACCGGUCAACAUAACGACUUACCGACUGCUUACUAUAAUGAUCUCAACAUGCAGACCUGCUAUGACAACUAUAUGAGUCCGCUGCAGGCGACCCCGCUAGUACAACAACGACGCGAAAGUUUAGUGCAACGCGUUGAUCACCUAACGAAUUUACCUUCCUCUUACGUGCAAAACACAGCCGCAAAAAAUUCCUUAAUCGACUACCGCAAGUCUGCCGUAGCGACCAGUGACGAUUGCAUUAUAGGCGAACCGACCCUAACGAAUUUAGACGAGCACAUGGCCAUCAACAUGAGCCACUACGAGAAUAGUUACCGUCUCGGCGGCGAGUUACGUCCACUAGAUGUAAGCAUGUAUGCUAAGAGCACAUCAACAGUAGAGCCUGCAGAAAAGUCUGGCAUGCCAACAACACCGACAACCAAAACUUACUCGAGCCUACGUGACUUCCUUAGCACAUGGAAUGAAGAUGAAGAGGACUACGGUGGCGGGGACGAGCUGAGUUUUGUGGAAAGCGGGCAACAGGUGGUCGAGCAGACAAUAAGCGCAUUGGAUCACACCAACAAUCGCGUUGAAGUGAAACAAGACAUGCCCUGCUUGCAAGAACUGCCAGAAAUUAAUGCUCCAGCUUCGUAUGUUGUUGGUGAACCCCCUGAAUUGCCUUUAGCUGAAAAUCUAACAAGUUUCCCAGCGCUCAAAAAUGUAGAUACAGCUGCCGCGGUCGGCGGAGAGACAAACCAAUAUGCAAACAUAAACUUGCCUGAUAUUAUAAUCGAUAUUGAAAAAUCCAAUGGCUCACAGGGCGGCAAUACAAAGCCUAAUACGACUGAUGCUACACAAAAAUCCGAUAUUAAACCUGUAAACUAUGACUGCUUCGAUGUGGAGAAAGAACUUGAUGAAUUAGAAACCAAAAAGAUAAAGCGCUCAAAAAUGACUACCGAAACGCCGCCAAUACGCAGUGGCAGUGUUAUAGUGAAGCCCGAAGCUGAAGUUUUGGAAAUUGCUACGGGAACGAUGCACGAAAGACUUAUGCCGAGUGUCAAAGAUGAUUUGCAAAGUUUGAAACCAUUUGAAAGCCUAGACUCAAUAAGCGCAUGUGUCGAACCCUUGGAGAAAAUGGAAGCGGAUUUCAUAUCCACGGAGCACAAGGCAGACAUAACUUCAUCAACCGUCCAAGCUAAAACAGAUCACAUAUUUGAUAGAAACAUGGAAAGCGACAGCACGACCAGUUCGAAUGGUUCUACAUUUGAAAAGGAGUAUGAAACUUUUAUAAAUAAAAUCGGCAAUGAUUUUGAUUACACUGCAGUUGGCGCUGGCAAUAGCGACAGCAGUGUGAAUACGUCUCAAAUAUCUGACAAACUCAGCACUGCUAAGAACGCUAGCACUUUGAAUACAACACCCUUGAAAGAAAGUGCCGUCAGCGAUCUUGAGAUAGCACACAAAAUCAAAAGUUUUUCGAAAUUCUACAAACGCAAACGAAAAGACUCCGAUUCCAAGAAAGAUAACGCUAAAAUUCCUAAGAUCUCGCAAGAACAACAACAACAACAGGUGCUUGUUGAUAAAGAAAGCACCUUUCCCAUUACAAGCAAUAAACAUUUGAAAAGCAUAAAGUUCUCCCGCGCAAAUCGUCUAAAAUCCAUGAGAACACAAAAGCUUAACUCCCGUUCAUACUAUCGACGUACCUUGCGCUCCCUACGCCGUCGGCAUAUAAUUACUGCGCAACGUCUCGAUUUUACCGCAGUGAUUAGUCAAGAUAUUGCACGUGUGGUGGAAAGUAGUUUACCGUUAAUCAAGAGAAAGAGCAUAACACUAUACUCCAGUAGAGAUGAGAAUGAAACGAAGCAAAACUAUAAUCCCCCGACGUUAAAAUCGCUCAGUAUAGAUUUCAUAAACUCGGCACUGUUUCAAGAGCAACUCGUACAAGCUGCAGAAAUCGAUAAACAAUCGGAAGUUAUGAGCGUAUGCAUGACGACGAAUGUAGAGAACAAUUUUGAAAUGACCAAUCAGACACCACUAGAAAAUGAAACCAUGACGGUUGGUAAGAAAAUAAUAUGUCUGGAUGCGUUCGAACCAUCGGACAUAAAUGAUAUUCUUGAUGUUGUGGAAAAUGGUUUAAGUGAACAGUUGCUUGAAACUCAGCAACUUGACGAGGUGGAGAUUGAGAAACAAACGGAAAACCUUUACAGUUUGGAAAAUAAUCUGGAAGUCUGUGUAGACAGUGAUGAACCUAAAACGGAAACUACCCAUCUUGAUACGAUCAAUGUAGAAGACUCCGCACUGCUCGUAAGUGACAACACAGAAAACAAAGUUGCCAAUAAUGAUGCUGUGGAAGAAAUGGCUGAAGUACAAGUGGAGAACAAGUGCAUUCAAGGCUCUAUAUAUUCAGCAGCUAAAAACGACAAUGGAAAUCAAGAAAUUGAAGCUGAAACUGCAAAUGUGGCAAACAUACCAGCAGACUUUGAUGAGAAAUUUGAUAAAUCUAUGGAGAACGUAGAAUCUGCAGUGGAAGACAAAGUAAAAGAAACGAAGCAAAUUGAAGAUGUUAAAAGCCUACCCAAAGAUUUGAUGGCCAGUACAACACAAUCAGAAGUGAUUGAAUGCCCAAUGAGUGAUCUGACAGCUGAAAAUGUUGAGAACUUAGGAAAUAUAACGACAGUAGAAUCAUCAGAAGUAACAGAACAUGAAGAAAAACCUACACAAAAUGGAGACAGUAAUGCAAAUCUAGUUGAAGAACAGACUACCGCAGCUACCAGCAGCAUUAACAGCGUGCUUGAUAAAGAAACAGUUCAAGAAAUUGAAGUUAAACCCGAAGAAACUUAUAAGAAGAGUGAUGAAAUUGAAGAGGAGACUAAUGAAAUUGAAAAGGAGUCUAAAACUUCCAAUGCGCCAUUAGUUUCGGUCGCCGCUGACGAAAAUAAAGCAAUUUUACAGCACAUACAGAUUGGGAGAUCACCUUUGCAGAUGGUUGUAGACAUUGACACGCCACAGCAAGACGAUCCCAAUGAAACAUCCAGCCAACAACUACACUUCAAUAGCGAAUUAGAUUUGUCUGAAAUGGAGAAUAGUCUUGAUAUGUUUGGGGCCAGGAAGAGUGCCGAGUAUUUCACAACAACUUCGAAAAACUAUUUCGAAAAGCCUACCGAUAUUGAUGAGAAUAGCACAGAUAGCAGUUCCUCGAGUAGCACCGAUUCGUCGUCUUCAACAGCUUCUGAAGGUAGAUCAGCUAGUUCUUCAUCAACCAGUUCCAGUUCGUCGUCCGAUGACGAGGAUAGUCGUAGUAGUACAUCAACGGUGCAAAGCGAUUUCAAUGAAAUGAAAGAGUUGGAAAGAGAGCUCUCCCAACAUCAAACAAAUGAAUUUAGUCAUUUAAACAAAGAUGAAUUUGAAGAAAAGACUGUGAUGCAUACCUAUAACGAGCAUGAUGACGGCGUGCAGAAGGUGUGUAUUGUUGGUGCUGAUAAAACGAUAAAAGAAAAUGAUAUUAAAACAUUGAAAAAAAUACUAGAAAGUGAUAGUGAUGGCCUCGAAGAGAUAAGUACGAAUCUUAAGGAAAUUAAAAGCAAUUCUUUGAUGGAGGAAAAUGUCCAUGCCGUGGAAGAGAUAGCAAGUGUUUUGAAACAUAAAAAUGCUAAUGAGGGAAAUGUCACACGCGAAGAUAAGAUCUCAAUGGUAGAUGACGAAAGCGUUGAGUUAAAUGGCGAAUCGAAGUUAUUCGUGGCAGCGCGUGGUUGUGAGGGAGAGGCGGAGGGUGUGCAGACCGAUUACGCUGCGACUAGUGGUGCGGAAGACUGUGUUAAACUGUGCGAUGUUGAGAAUGGAGCAAGUGAGCUUCAAACUGAAGAGAAUCAAAAUGAAGUGAAUCAAAAAGAGGACGAGACCACGUUAAAUUGUGCAGCAACAAGUGCUGCCCUUCAUGCGUAUGAAGUGCCGAGUUUAAAGCAAAUAGUCUUGAUCUAUUUGGAGAGAGAAAAAUGCAAUGAAGAUCAUGAAAUGAUUAACCGAACUGAGGAUGCGUUAAAUAGUAAAAUACCAAAGCUAAGUGACCUUUGUAAAAUUGCCUUAAGUAGUUCCUUUGAAAUUAACACCACCAAUAAUAAUACAAACCAAAAUACGCCAGAACCGCUAGAGCGUGAAUUAAGCGUUGAAGAAGCUUUAGCCGAAAUGUAUCGACAAGCUGGCGUCACAUCCGAUCCCGAAGAUGGUGAUGCCGAUGAGAAAGAAGCUCAACAAGAAGAUGUGGUACUAAUUAAUUUAGAAGAAAUUUUAGUUAACGAUAGUGAUUUAUAUGUUUUACAAUGUGAUAUGAAUGAAAAUGUGCUCAGCGUUGUUGCGCAUGCGCAACCCAUGCCAAUGGAAGAGAGUAUUGAGAAUAUUGAAAGAGAACUAAAUAGUGAAAUACUUGAAGACGCUAUGAUUUUAGAUAAUACACCAAAAGUGUUGCUAAUGACUAACGAAACACUUAACGAAAAUAAUUUUAAUGAAACUUUUAUGAGCCUACAUGAGGAGGAGAAGGGGGAGGAGAAGGAGUUGAGAGUGGAGAGUAGCGGAUUAGAAGCUUUAAAUGCAUACAUUACACCAACACAUACACUAGAUUACGUUGACGACGACUUAAGAAUUACCAACGAUGAUUCGCUUAAUAAUACACAAUACGAUUUUCCCGCUAUACACCAUGAAGAAAUUGUCGCACACGAUUACCGACGCCACAGACGACAGGUAUUAUACAAUAGUUUGCGUGAAAAAUAUGUCUUGAAACGAGUCAAUUUUAGGACCCAACAUGGUAAUCGUGUGCUCAAAAAAUAUAUACACCGUUGGAUAUUGCAAUGCCUGAUAAGCAGAUUUAGAGAACGCGAACUGAGGAAGACCCAAGCACACUGAAGGGUAAAAGUAGUGGAAGAGACAGAGAGAGAUAGAGCGGGAGAGAGAGAGAAGGAGGGAGGGAGGGAGAGCGAAUGCGAGGUGAGGAAUUGGCUGGCGGGUAACAAAAUUGCUUAUGUAAAAUUGGUUUAUGUGCUAAAAGAGACGUACAAAAUGCUAAAUUUUGAUAAAUAUGUAUAUUUUAACAUUAAAGUUUACAUUUAGUAUGUAUGUUUAGCAGUUUUGUAAG